UCAACCAAGUACAGUAAUAAUAAGUUAUUCUACAGUUAGUUGUAUCAAAAAAAUUCAAAAAAAAAAACAGAGAAACAAACAGAUAAGAUUCCCAAAACCAAAAAUGGCUUCAGUGAAUUCACGAAGUGGUUUCUGCAACUCAAACUCAACAUUCUACAGCAAACGAACACCAAUCCCACUUCCUCCGAAUCCAUCCCUCGACGUCACCACUUUCAUAUCUUCACAAGCUCAUCGCGGUCGUAUCGCUUUCAUCGACGCUUCCACUGGUAACAACCUCACUUUCUCCGAGCUAUGGCGCGCCGUGGAGUGCGUCGCCGACUGUCUCUACGAGAUGGGGAUUCGAAAAGGACACGUCGUCCUUCUCCUCUCCCCGAACUCGAUUCUGUUCCCCGUCGUUUGUCUCUCAGUGAUGUCGCUCGGCGCUAUCAUCACCACCACGAAUCCUCUCAACACUUCCGGAGAGAUCGCUAAACAGAUUAAAGAUUCCAAUCCUGUCCUCGCCUUCACCACGUCUCAGCUCCUCCCUAAAAUCGCCUCCGCCGCCGAGAAGCUCCCGAUCGUGCUCAUGGACGAGGAGCGAGUUGACUCAGUUGGAAAAGUGAGGAGAUUGGCGGAGAUGAUGAAGAAGGAGCCGAGUGGGAACCGAGUUAUGGAGCGAGUUGACCAGGACGACACGGCGACUUUGCUUUACUCUUCAGGAACAACGGGGAUGAGCAAAGGAGUGAUCUCGUCUCAUCGUAACUUAAUCGCGAUGGUUCAAACCGUCGUGAACCGGUUCGGAUCUGAUGAUGGAACACAGGGAGAGCAGCGGUUCAUCUGCACCGUUCCUAUGUUUCACGUCUACGGCUUAGCAGCGUUCGCCACUGGUCUUCUCGCUUACGGAUCCACGAUCAUCGUUCUCUCCAAGUUCGAGAUGCACGAGAUGAUGUCUGCGAUUGGGAAGUAUAAAGCCACGUUUCUGCCUCUCGUGCCUCCGAUUCUCGUGGCCAUGGUCAACGGCGCAGAUCAGAUCAAAGCUAAGUACGAUUUGAGCUCUCUUCACACUGUUUUGUGCGGUGGAGCUCCGUUGAGUAAGGAGGUGACUGAAGGGUUCGCGGAGAAGUAUCCGACGGUUAAGAUUAUGCAAGGUUAUGGGUUGACUGAGUCAACGGGUAUUGGAGCUUCUACGGAUACUGUUGAGGAAAGCCGGAGGUACGGCACUGCCGGGAGAUUGUCGGCGAGUAUGGAGGGGAGGAUUGUGGAUCCGGUUACUGGUAAGAUUCUUGGACCGAACCAAACCGGUGAGCUUUUGCUCAAGGGUCCUUCCAUAAUGAAAGGUUAUUUUAGCAAUGAGGAAGCUACGAGCUCGACUCUUGAUUCUGAAGGAUGGUUAAGAACUGGUGAUCUCUGUUAUAUUGAUGAAGAUGGUUUCAUUUUCGUGGUUGACCGGUUAAAGGAACUGAUCAAGUACAAGGGCUACCAGGUUGCUCCAGCUGAGCUAGAGGCUUUGCUGCUCACUCAUCCUGAAAUCCCUGAUGCUGCUGUUAUCCCGUUUCCGGACAAAGCAGUGGGGCAAUUCCCGAUGGCAUAUGUUGUAAGGAAAACUGGGAGCAGCUUAUCAGAGAAGUCGAUAAUGGAGUUUGUAGCCAAACAGGUAGCACCGUAUAAGAGGAUACGAAAGGUGGCUUUUGUAACUUCCAUACCAAAGAACCCUUCAGGUCCACAGACAAAUGAAUUUACCAGCCAAAGCUAAAGGAACUUGGAUACUACCUUACACCUAGCUUCUCUUGCACCAUUUUAACAAAUGUCCUAUGCAAAGAUGUACCUGAAAUAGUUUGAGCGCAGAGAUUUCCCACUCAUCACGAUCGAUUCGAUUCUCAUUGUUUUGUGUCGGCCAACGUCAUAACCUUUAUAUUUAUAUCAACCAAAAUCGUGAAUCACGCUCAACUCCUCCUGCAUUUGACAAAAUAUAUAUAAA